CGCUGAUUUUGCACACGGACUCGGUAAAACAGGUUUUAGCGUUUACAGUUGAUAUCCACCGAUCAUGCCUGGUUACACAUGCGAUCGCAUCUGCGAGAAUGGAAAGUCUGUUGAUCCCAAAUACCUCUGCCUCCACUGUGAAAAGGUAUUGAGGGAUCCAGUUCAGACGAGCUGCGGUCAUCGCUACUGCAAGUCAUGUGUGGAGUCAUUGUUAAGGUUGCCCUCUCCAAGGUGUGUGGUGGAUGGGGAAGAGUUCGGAGAGAUAUUUGAAGACAAGUUUGCGCAGCGUGAAAUCCUGUCGUUACCAGUCCAGUGUGAAAAUCACUGCGACGGCUGCGAGUGGAGUGGGGAACUGAGGCAGUUGGAGAAACACGAGGCCCAGUGUCCCUAUGCCAAGGUCCAAUGUGUGCAUCCCAGUUGCGGAACCCUGGUUCAGAGAGAUGACUUAUCUCGGCACCUUGUGGAGGAUUGUAUCUUCAGAGAGCAGCAGUGUGGGUAUUGCUCCAUAAAGACUACAGCUGAUAAGCUUGAGGAUCAUCAUGAAAAGGAGUGCCAAGAAUACCCUGUGGAUUGUUUGCAAUGUAAAACUGAAAAAAUUCCACGAAAGCAGCUUUCGAGUCACCUUGAUCCUGUUAAUGGAGACUGCGAAGCUGUUAAAGCCCCGUGUCCUUUUCAUAAAGUGGGAUGCAAACAUAAAGGGGAAAUGAAAAGGAAAGAACGUAGAAGACACCAGGAUAAACAAGUAUCUGAUCAUUUGACACUCCUUUUUCUGUUUGUGGACCAAUUGUCUAACUUGUUUCAUUCCAAACUUGGCGAUGUUGACGCCGGAGUCAUUUCUAAAAUGGAUGCAAUCCUUAAAACUUUACAAAACAAGAUAGAUGUCAUAAUCGGUGAAAAUUCUAACCUAACAUCAAUGGUUCAAGGACAUGGCACUCGCUUAAGUAAUCUUGAACAAAAUAUCAAGCGUUAUUUAAUGGAUGACGUGGUAGCCGACAGUGCUCCCUUAAAUUCAUCAGCGCAUCGCUCUUCGCAAGCUGAAAUUGUGAAUAUUCUACAAAAGCUGGACAAUCAGGAUGCUAAGGCAGCCAAUCAUGAAGUUCUUUUGGUUGAAUUUAACUCGGAAAUGCAAAAUAGGAAUAGAGAAAUAAAAAGACUGGAGGCUCAGCUUAAAACUGCUAACGAUGAGAUAAGAAAACUUCAACGACGGACGGAGUAUCUAGAACAUACUCUAGGUGCUAGAAACAUUGCUAUAGCUGAGCUAGAAGAUUACGUUAGGCAAGAGCAAUUCUCAAGCUACAAUGGUGUGCUUUUAUGGAAAAUUACUGACUUCAACCGAAAACGUAAUGAGGCGAGAUCCGGCCAACACGUAUCUACUUAUAGUCCCUGUUUCUAUACUAGUCGUCACGGUUAUAAGAUGUGCGCGCGCAUCUAUCUAAACGGUGAUGGUAUCGGAAAGGGAACACAUUUUUCAAUAUUCUUUGUUGUUAUGCGCGGUGAGUAUGACGCAAUACUCCGCUGGCCAUUUAGACAAAAGGUCACCUUUAUGUUAUUAGAUCAGGAUAACGUAGAACACGUAGUUGACGCCUUCAGACCUGAUCCGAGUAGCUCCUCAUUCCAGAGACCAAAAAGGGAUAUGAACAUAGCCAGUGGGUGCCCGACCUUCUGUGCUAUGACACAGUUAAACAACCACGCUUAUGUAAAGGACGAUACUAUGUUUAUCAAAGUUAUUGUUGAUACUGGGGACUUAUAACCUUUAAACAAAGCUGCAAUGUUUUUUCCUGCAUAAUUUUGUUGAUCUGAAUUUAUAAUGCAUUAUAUGAUAAUAUUCGAGUGCUAUUGGU